AUGGCUGCAAACCCAGAGUUGGAAUCUGCUCUCACAUCGUUUGCCGAAGCUUCCCAAGAGUUCUUCGACGCGUCAUGGAGGCCCAAAGCUACCGUAAUCGCAGUUGCUGCACCAUCCGCUAUACGCAAACUCCUCUUGCGUCAAGACUUGGACGCUGAUGAACUCGCUAUUGAAGCACACAAGCUCCAGAUGGAGACGUAUACCAACAACGUUCAAGCCAUCAAGAAUGGCGGUGACGAUCCUACUCCCCAAGUUGGAUCCGUAGGCAGCCUAUUUGACACUGCGGCUAAGAAACUGGGCAAGCUACUCGAAGACGACUCAGAGAACGUCGAUGCGGUCGCCAGUCUUGUCAACCCAUCCAUCGCACGUGCAACUUGGAAGUGGUUCACGCUUCCAUAUCCCGUGUUCUGCUCCAUUCAAGCAAAGUUCAUCUCAGCUGAACCAGAAAGAAAGCGCGUCCACGUCGAGCCGGACGCGAGCGGCAAAGAGGCAGACGUGAGCACAAGCGUCGACCAUUGGAUCUUGAAGAACGAAGAGUGGCUCAGAAACAGGCGUAUUUCUGAUCCUGCCGCCAAUUGGCGCGUGGGUCUCGUUGGACUUGAUGGAAUGUCCAACGACGUCUGGUCGGUUUCCGAGCUCGGGGAAACAUAUCGAAAGAUCACAAGAGCUCCAGUUGACGGCUUUAUGUUCCUUGAUGCGAGAAAAGCAGCUCAUAUCUAUAUCCAGCCAAACGCACAACGUUUCAAGGACAGCUUUGAACGAUUGACGAGUGGUCAACUCAAGGGGCUGGAUUGGUCCAAUAUAUUUGUCGCUGGUGGAAGUGUACUCGGAUCACUACUCUGCGUCGACGGCGUCGAAGACCCAAUCAACACACCCAAACAGUGGGAAUCGUCGGAUAUCGACGUCUAUAUCUACGGCCUGGAUCCAGAGGAAGCAAACAAAAAGGUUCAUCAUUUAUUCGACGUAUUCAAAGCCAACCUCCCAGCCGAUGCACCAGUGCUCGUCGUACGCAACACAAAAACAAUCUCCUUCAUCUCCAACUAUCCCACCCGAAGGUUCCAGAUUAUUCUUAAACUGUGCCCAAGUCCUGCUGAGAUCCUUCUCAACUUUGACUUGGACAUUUGCGCAGUCGGAUUCGAUGGAACGGAGGUGUAUAUGCUUCCACGUGCUGCAAGGGCUUUAGAAACUGGUUAUAAUGUAUGGACCAUGGAAAUGGUUCAGGGCCACUACCUCGGCACCCGGCGAGCCUCUCAGGAGCAACGCGUGUUCAAGUAUGCAGACAAAGGCUAUGGAAUUCGCAUCCUACCACACUACCUCGCUGCGCUCAAGGCAGUAGACGCCACCAGCAUUCCAAAGUACUACGGUAUCAAUUUCGAGGAAGGAGAUCCCCUCAACUUACAGUCUCAUGUCAACGAAGCCCGCAAGUACUUUGACACCGUGUUCAGGGUCUAUAUGAAGUGGACAAAGAACGGCGAGACAAUCAAACCGCAUUAUGUCUUGGGAGCGUGGAGCGGCUCACAGAAGUACGAUCAAAAUUCGAAAUCGAAGCAAGGGCAAAAGCGCCUGCCAGUCCUUUCGCAUGCAUUGCUCGAUACCGAUGAGCAGAUUACCUCUGAACCGCUGAGAAGGGGUUGUCUCACAGGAUUUGAACUACUCUAUCGCCAUGUUGCGCUUUGGGAAGCACAAGAGCAGGGGAGACUCAUAAUCAGACCAGACGUGUGGGCAAGUACGACUUAUGAGGAAGUUUACUUCUCAAACUCAUACAACGACCUUCCGCAAUAUGCCUGGGAUGAGACAUUCUCAAUCAAGGAUUUUGUCGAUCGAGUGGAAAAAUUCAACGAGAGCCAGGUAUCAGCAGCCUGUCCUUCGGACCUCAGAUGGUCUAAUCAGAAGCGAUACGACGAGCUUUCGGAGAAGAUUGUCGUGCGACGUAUCAUCUGUGGCUCCACGCUGGAUGAAGUUUUUGCAAAAGACAUCGUAAUUUCAGUGUGGAUUCCGCGCAAGUUCGUUGACUACAUGUCCACUGUGCUCAAAGAAGUCUACAAGGACCAUCCAACACUGGCGAAAUCCGAGAUAAUUCGCUCAGUUGAAGAUGAUAUCGAGGUUCUGUGUCAUAUUACGCUCGACACCAUCGCUAUGUGGCAGCAGAUUGACAGGAGAGUAGACGAGCUCCUCGAACUCGUAUGGAGCUUUGUCUUUGCUAACCAGGGGCCGGCUGGAGAGAGUAGGCAUAAACUCAAGCUGCUUAAGCGACAAAUUUCCCGUCGAACGGCACGCUCAAGGGCGGAAGACGAAUUAUUGAGCUUUGCAUCAUGGGUCGCGAGGGACCCUGGGCCUAUUGGCGGGGAGAAUUAUGGAGCGAUGGGUCAAGGUUUCUGGUCGGAGUGCUUUCCAGGCUCUGACGCGGAACAAGAGGAGGAUGGGAUGGAUCAGGAUAAUGAAGGUGAUGAUGACAAUGAACCUGAGGAGGACACUGCUGAGGAUAGCGACGUCAUGGCAGCAGCAUCUACGGAAAACUUCUACAAGGCAGAAUUGAACAGGACAAUGCGGGAGAAUGCGUUUGGUCUAAAGAGCUGGACGAUGAUACCUGCGUCAUCGACUGCAGACGAACUUCACUCCGCUGUAGUGCGAGUAGAAUUGCUCGAGGGCAUGACGGUCUAUAUCAGACUGACAUAUGUCGGUUACGAGAUUAUCGCGGAUCCAAGCACACAAGAGUCGCAAAGCCCGCAGAUGGAAAUAUCCGAGUCACUCGACGAGCUUUUGCGAGCUCUCAGUCCAGCGUUCAAUCAGGCGUACACCGAAAAACUGAUGACCCGGUUGAACCGAGUGCUCGUUCACUGA